GGGCUGAAUUCAGAUGCUGCGCCCGGCGCCGGUCGGCGGACGGGAGCGGUGGAGUUGAGUCGGACGGGGAGUCCGUCUGUCCGGCUGUCGGACUGUCUGAGCGAUCGCGCCGUGCCGCCGUCCGGCCUCCAGCCGGAGAUACGUCGUGAGUCUGUUGCUAGGCGUAAGUGCAUACUAGUGAAGCGGCAGGGAUGUCCCUCGCAUUGCACUAUGCGAGCUAGACCCACACCAGGGUGAUAUCGGGACUGCAUGCAACGUUCUUUCCGAGCAGCCGCCGUCAUAUACCGUCUUACUUUCAUUAUUCUUCUUUCCAGCCUGGUCAACGGGCAGCGGCAGGCUUCUGUGGCAUCUGCCGGCGAGUCCUGUGUCAAACAGUCACCGGGCCUGUCAGCUCAGCCAAUCGCCAGCAGCAACGGAGUGCCGUAGGCCUGCCCAGACUCCGGGUUGGGCGGUCUCCAGUCUGGUGCAUUAUAACGCCCGAGUUCCCACGGCGCCCACACCGGAUGUGGGAGACGGCGAGAGGAGGCGGCAGCGCCCCGCGUCUUCCCUCCCCUCCUCUCCCCGGGGCGGGGAUAUGACACCGGACCGGUGCAGCGGGGAGGGGCUGUCAGUUGUCACUCCGCCGGGAGAGGAACAGGGAGGAUCUGAGCGGAGGCCGCCACGGGUGAGUGGGGAGGUCACGGUAGGCCGGCUACCAGUUCCGACUUCCGGAAUACAGGGAAUGUGACUGGAACUGUGCGCACCGCGUGCUCUGUGGUUUGUGGAUGGGGCUAGUUUAGAUUUUAGGUUUGAGUUGUAACUUACCCGUGUUGUCUUAACUUUUUAUUUAUUUUUUAGAUGGAGUGCGUGUUUAAAGCCAGGAAAACCGUGGAUUCAUCGAGGAUUCACAAUAGUGAGAUAGGCAUGGGGAGGACAGUCUCGAGAGUCGUUAUUUAGCCACAGCUGGUCGUUGGGCGAAGUUUGAUGGUGUUUGAACGAGGCGUCACGGGAUGCCCUCAAUGUGCUCUACAAAUGACACUGGGAAAACUCCCAUGUACGGUGGGAGUGUCUGCUGCUGUCGUCUCAUCAAUCUAUGACGAAACCUGACCAUAACGCGUCGUCUGAGAUCGGCUCCCACCCCGCGCCCUGGCGAUCGUCCCACCCCGCCCCCAGAUCAUCCCUCAGCCCCGGUACAGCCCCCCCCCCCAUCCCCUCGUAACAGCCCCCUCAGCCCAGUCGGCAGCCCGGACAGGUGCCGGCCGGCGGGCCCUGACGUCACGGCAGCGUCGCUGGCGGCGCGGCGCCGGCGCUGUUUUGGCGCGAAGCGGCGGCCGUUGGCGGCGCCGGCCGGCAGUUGUCCGGUGGCGCCGGCGCCGAGAGGAGCGGGGCGCUGCGAGAGCGAGGGGAGCCAGUGGAGCGUGCGCCGACGGGAGGAACACGCGCACAGCCCCGCCCGGGGCGGAGCCUACGCAGGCGCGCUGCAGGAAUGCCGAGAGGGCCGCCGCCGGCCGUCGGGGCGACACCAGGCGCGCGCAGCUCGCCGCCGCUGCGGUCCGGCCGCCGUGCGCCGCUCCGCCUCUGACCCGGCAGCCAUGCUCAAACACAUCGCCGCCACCAGCGGCGGCACCAUGGAGCGGCGCCCGGCCAACGGCGACGUGCGCCACGCCAACGGCGGCCCGCAGCCGGCGCCGCGCCUCAACGGCACGCUGCCCAACAGGUCCAACUACCCGCACGUGCACAACGCCACGCUGCGCUCCAACGGCGGCGCGCACGGCUUCAAUGUCAGUGCCUACAGCACCGUGAGCAAGCACUCUCAGACGAGUGGCAGCGUGAGUCCCGGGCAGACGGCCACCACGCGCACCACGGGCCUGGACCAGUCGCGUGACCAGUCGCAGCCCAGCGUCGACAUCUCGGCGCUGACCGCGCUCAACGCCUCGGCGGCCACCCGGCUGGACGUGACGGGUCGCGGCGACGUGACGCUGCCGCCGCCGACCCCGGCCGCCGCCGCCGCCGCCGCCGCAGUCGCCGGGCUGGGCCCAUCCAAACGGACAGACUCGUUCUGUGAGCGGCUGGUGCCGCCGCUGCCGCGCGACGCGCGCGUGAAGCGCAUGCUGUGCUGCCUGGGCCUGCUGUGCCUGUCGUCGCUGCUGCUGGCCAUCCUGGCGUCCAUCUUCCUGCUGAAGGUGACGCCGCUAGACGUGGACGAGUUUUCGCACCUGAUCAGCGGCUACCGGCGCGCCGUCGACGCCCAGCAGUACAUCAAACUGUACGAGGUGACGGUGGCGCUGUCGGCGCUCAGCGUCUGCCUCAACCUCUGCUGUCUGCUCGUGUGCGCCAUUCAGUUUGUGCUGUGCAUCAAGCUCUCCAAGCCGCCGGGAAACGAUGACAGGUGA